AUUGCUGAGGGACGGUAGCAGAAGACCACUCGUGCUUGUAUUGUAAUCCUCUCUAAAAAAUAUUAAUUUUUACUGAUAUUCGGGUGACAUCUAUACGCUCAAGAUGGCAGACGGAAGCGAACAAAAGUCUUUACCAAUUUACACUGUUGAUGCCUUUGCAAGUGCUCCAUUUACGGGGAAUUCUGCUGCGGUGUGUCCUAUUUCAAGCGCCGAAGAGGACAUCCCAGAUGAUCUGAAAUACCAAAUUGCCAUGGAGAUGAAUAUAUCUGAGACAGCAUUUGUUCAUCCAGCUAAGUCUGGAGAGACAUUCCAAAAUGCUUCUGAAUUCAACCUGCGCUGGUUCACCCCUACCAACGAGGUCAAGCUUUGUGGACAUGCUACCAUGGCAACAGCUACGACCAUCUUCAGAGCAUUAGGAAACGAAGGAAGUGAGCUUCGGUUCAACACUCUGAGUGGUCAGUUGGUUGCUAAGAGAGAUGGUCAGCUAAUCACAUUGAAUCUUCCGGUCAACCCGUGCGGUCCAAAGGUUCCCGAAAAUCUUGAUGGUUUAAUUCAGGAGGUUAUCAGUGAUUUACCUGUCCAAGAUAUCAAGUAUUCACCAGGUUCUAAUAAAUUACUACUCAGACUGAAAGAUGACAUAAGAAGAGCCUCACUUGAAGGAUUGACCCCAAAUAUUAGCAAGUUCAUGAGUCAUCACAAUACCGGGGAGGUCAAAGGGGUCAUCAUAACGGUGAAGGCUAAUGGAGAGGUUAACGAGGACGGGACUCCCUAUGACUUCUUCUCACGCUACUUUGCUCCUUGGAAUGGAAUACCAGAAGAUCCUGUUACAGGUGCAGCACACACGGUUCUAUCAGACUACUGGUCUAGGGUCCUUGGAAAGCAAGAACUAUUUGCUCGCCAGUGUUCUAAGCGAGGGGGCGACGUGCGAAUCCGACUCCUUGGAGAUAACAGAGUAGAGCUUGCCGGUAAAGCAGCGCUCGUCAUCCAAGGCAAAAUAAACAUCUAAAGGCAAAGAGAGCAGCAGACAAUUAGAUCAAGAGUGAGCAAGAGAGGUAGUUUGGAGAUACCAACCCCUCCCCUAUUCUGCAGGCACAGACCUUUGGUUUUUGCAUAGUGCAUCAUGCAGUGUCUGAAGUAGUGAGACAAGAUUCACUAUCUACUCUGGCUGGCUAUAUCUAGACAUGGUAUAAAUUGUUCAAGUGUCAGAUUUGGGUCUGCGCUUGCAGACUACCCCUCUUCUGAUUCCAUGACAUUUUCUCCGGCAAUAAUUGCUCCGGCAACAAUGGGAAAUCUGCGCGUUAAGCCAAACAUAAAACCUAACCUCCAAAACUAAAUAAACCAUAAUCCUUAUCUUUACAUUAUCCUGAAACAAAUACUCUAUUACAAUUCUAUCUCUAACCCUAUGCCUUCUGAGAUAUUACGGCCGGAGCAAAUGUCGCAGGAGAAAAUGUAGCGUCACCCCUCUCCCACCCCUUUCCAUACAAUGCCUCUGGAUCAAUGAUUGAUAACUACUAGCAUCAUCAUCAUUAAUUUUAUGCCGUAUGACAUGUCCAUUAUAGCAAAAGUCUAUCAUUUCCAUUCUUUCCUAUCUUGUGCUUUUGUUUUUGUUUCCUGGGCUCUGUCUUACAAAGAGUUACGAUUGAUCCAAUCAAUCUCAACUGUAUGGAUCUCCAUCCAUACCUUAAUUAUUUCUGCAAGUAAUUUGCACAAUCUCCUUAGUAAACAAAGAGAAUCACACAUUUCCAAGAGAACGAUGUACAUUAUGUAUGAAUAUACAUCCUAUUUAGAAAAUACUUGAAACAAAUUUGCAUUUUAGAUGUUGACGUUGCAGCCAUCCAUAGUUGUGAUUGAUUGGAUCGAUAACAACUCUUUGUAAGACGGGGCCUUGGUUGGUGUUUCCAUUCCUGAUCAUGUCCAACAUCUAUGUUCUUUGGCCUUCACACAUUCUUUUCCCAUCCACCCUACCCUCGACCAUGUCAUGCAUCGUGUUGUCAUGUCUCAGUAUGUGACCAGUCUAUUUUCUGUGUCUGUCUUUAAUUGUGUUCGCAAUGCUUUGCGUUUUUCCUGCUACAAUAGCACGUCUUCAUUUGACAGCAUAGGGAUGUUCUAUUUUAUGAAAAUUUAAAAACUGAGUUAAAAUAAUUCCAAGGAUGGAUUAUCAAACUUAACUCUUUGCACACUGAAUUAAUUUUUUGGGGGGAUGAAAAUGACAAUCGUUUCCAUGUUAUUUUCUUUAAUUCAAGAUAUCCAUUAUAAAGAUGUUAUCCUAUUGCCUUUUAUUAGCUUAUCUAAUUUGAUGGUAGGGGAGAAAACUAAUUAUUACGAUUGUUGAAUUUAAUUUUACGAAUGUGCAAGAUUGCAACAUCAGGGCGCAAAGGGUUUAUAAAGUUAUUGAGAAAAAUUUUCAUAAGUACAGCUACUUUCGUUCUUAUCCAGUUUACUCUGCCUGUAGUACUGAAGAUUCUUGCAGAUUUGAAAGGACUGUGUCACUUUCCAGUUAAAAAUUAAUUAUUACAAAAUCAGUUGGGGGCAAAUACAGUAUAGAUUAAAUUUCAUGUGUUAUUAAAGUGCCUACUUUUCUCUUUAAUAGGCAUGUAAUACUAAUAUCAAGAAGAUUAUGAAUUGUGAUUAGUGUAAAAGCUAUAUAACUGCUGAUGUACAAAGAAAUCAAACUGAAAUAAUGUCUAUUUUUAUGUACUUUAUUGUCACUUUGUGUUGCUUUAUUGUCUAUCGAAAAUGUCAUCGUGUAUUAAAAGAGUCUAUGAAGAUAACAAAGCAGUAUGAUUUGUGAAACGUGUAUUUAUUAAUUUUUCCCAAAAUUUCUGUUCUCAAUGAGGGUUGUACAUCAUUCAUGAAAAAAAUUGUAAAGAAAAAAAAGAUGUUUUUAAUAGGAUUAAAUUCAGUUGUGAUACUAAGAAUUCUGGAUGAAAGAUAUAUAAAAAUUACCUCUGAACAGUUUGAUCAAUUUUUGUUUAGGUUUCUAAAAUAAGCUCAUUCCAAUUCGAGAUUCUCUCUAGAAUAUGAUUUUCAUGGAAGAUGUACAGAGAGUAUUACCGGUACUUGUAAAACCGGUUUGUGUCUAUAUAUGCAGGGUGGUGUUGGGGUGUUUUCAUGGGGGGGGGGGUAAGAUGAGGUAGACUCGAGACAUAUUCCAUUUAAGUAAUAGAGGUAUUUCAGUUACGUGACCCAUAUCUCUACUUUUUGUCCUCUUUCUUCCAUAUUCUUUCUCUUUUAAAAAAUUCUCUUCGUCCUUUUUAUUUUUUCACUACUUGAAAAUUUAUCAUGGCAAUAGUUAUUUUAUUUCCCCCGCUCUCAGAUUUUGUUGUGGAAACUAUUUUUUUUAAGAUGUGGUGUAUAAGCCCAAUGCAACAAAAUGAAUCGAGGGAUAUAAAUGAGAUAUUUUAACACUUCAGCAAAAUGAGUAAAAUGAUAAAACUAAAUAAAGAGCAAAAUAUUAAAUUAUAACUACCGGAUACUUAUCUUCAAAACAGACCAUCCGUCAUUUUAAUAUGUAUCUACUUUCUCAACCUUCACAUUUAUUCUCAAGUGAUAAAAUUGUGACAUGAAAUAUUAUUCAACCCCUGACAGUCAUAUUGAUUACAUAGCCAUUUUAUAAGGAAACUUAUUUUUAGCACUUAGUAAAGAGGAGGGUCAAAUUGCUGUUUCUUGUUCUCACAAAAAAUGCUCAUGUGUGCAGGAAUGAUGAUUGAUCUUUUGCUUAUGAACUUUACAGAUAUUGCUUGAAUAAACAGCCUCUCUUGGUGUGGUUGCCUGUUUACGUCAGUAAAGGCAUGGUUUGC